UUUAUGAAAGAUGCGAUAUCUCAAGGCUUUGAGCAAAAAGAAGAAGACCCAUUUUUAUCAUCAGAAAAUACCACACAGCCCGCAUAUAAUAUAAAGCAUUUAGUGGAUCGAGAUGAUGGAAAAUUAAUACUUGAUCCCGAAGUAUCCAUAUCAGAUAUUUUUGACAAUAUUGACGAGCCAAUUAACUUAAUGCCUGACGUUGAAUUAAGAAAUUUCUUUGAAGAAAACAUUCAAACUCGUGACCAAUCAUCCGAUUCUCAAUGGUUUGAUCGUUUAGAGAUACUUUAUAAGUUUAUUAUCGACAGACGUGUUAAUCGCGUUCAACAGUGGUUUUCCCAGAAUACUUCUCGAUUUCCAAAUGAUCACAAUGAAAUUAUUAUUGCCAAAUAUGCUCUAGAACAAGAAAUUACUCGUCUGAAGUUAUUUUGGAAUUUCUGUCGUCUACGAUGUGAGAAUUGUGGACUCGCAUGUCUUAAAGCAAGUCGACAUAAUGAUAAUGAAAACGACAUGACUCACGAUUGUUUGACUGAUCAUGAAUGCCAUUCAGUUUGCCAAUUUCAAGAAAUUCAUACUGACGAAACUAUACCAAAAUGUAUUAAUUUUGCUGGACAUGAAGGACACCACGCUUGUUCAGCGAGUCAUUCAUGCGGGGCAUCUUGUAUUUAUGAUGGAAAGAGAAAUUGUCAGUUAAAGUGCACAAAAGAUAUUGGCCAUGAAACUACGACAGGAAAUGAAGUUCAUCUGUGUGAAGCAACCCGUCAUUAUUGCGGUGCUCCAUGUUCAUUAAAGGCUGAUACUCAAAAAGGAAAUUAUGAAUGUCGUAAUACUUGCAUAAUUCCCUGUGAAGAAUCUCAUGAAGUACAUAAAUGCGAGAAUGAAGUUUGUCCAAUCGAAUGCCCAAUAGCUACAUGUCGUCGAAGAUGCGAAAGUCGAGAACACUUUCAUGCAUUAGAAGAAAAUGUGGAUCAUUUUUGCGGUGAAGAGCAUCACUGCCCUAACCAUUGCGAAGGAUUGGGAAUUUGUAAAAUUGUUACUGAACCAACCGCAAUAGUAAUGGAAGAAGCAGAAUAUGUGAAUAAAUUUGGCAGCUUUAUGUUUACUAAAUAUUCCCAAACUUUCCAAAGACUUCCUUGUUGCAUCAAGAUACCUCCAAAUGAGUUCAAGCAUGAAGGGAAACAUGUACAUGAGAUCAAGAAAAGACACGAAUGUGAUGCAUCCUGUCCAGACGAUUUAGGCAAACACGUUAUUGAAGAGAACAGAAAGUUUGAAAUCUUUCAUUAUUGCGAUUGUACAUUGCCUUAUGAUCACGGAAGAGAACAUAAUAGUGAACAUGACACUGUUCAUGGAAAUAUGCUCUUGACAACAUUCACAUGUGAAGAAGAAGAAUUCGAAUUUGAAGGACAUCGAUUAACUAUAGGUGAUAGAGGAGAUUUUGUGCUUUGUCAUAAGCUUUGUGAAAGUAUAGGUCAUCAUCGUCAUAUAGAUUACUGCAAAGAUCCAGAUGUUUGCAAAAGUCUCACUGGUGGAAAAAAAGAAGGGAUAUUGGAGCACAUAAAGGCAAAUAUAAGUCCUAACCCGACUCUCGAGAAAGAUUAUAUAUCUCAUCGUGUUUUCUGGGAAAGGACUAAAUUCCAAGAUCCAUAUUCGAGAGAUGACCGCGAAAGUUUCAAAAAAUGUGAUCAUGAAUGUAUCGAUGAAAAGCACAAGAAUGUUGAUAACGUUACUGGAAGAGAUCCAAUAAGGUCAUUCUGUACUCAGGAACUGUUUCAUGCUGAAUUAAAUCCAAGUUCAAAUCCUCCAGGAAAUGUUGGAUAUAUUUCAACAGAUGGUCACCAUUUUUCUUGCGAAAAUCCUGCGACUAAUGUUGGCGAUUUUCAUGUUGUUUUCGUCAUUGAUAGAAGUGGCUCUAUGUCUUCUAGUGAUUGCCGACCUCGUUGUAGCAACUCACAAACAACUUGUUUGCAGCAUAAUCAUAACAAUCGAUUAGGCGCUGUCUAUGAAGCUGUGUAUAGUUUUAUUGAAACGCGUAAAAAUUCUCUAAAAGCUACUAACGUUGGGCUCUCAGCUGUAGAUCGUGAUAUAGCUUCUCUAAUUUUAUUUGAAAGCACGGCAACUGUAGUUUUUGAAAAUCAAAGUCUAUCUAAUCCAGAACAGCUUUUAGAAAAGAUGAUGAAAUUCGAUGCAGAUGGAGGUACUUCUUUCCAUGCAGGAAUAAACAAAGCAGCUGAAAUUAUUGAAAAAUAUUACGAUCGGCAAAAAACCAACGUGAUUAUUUUUCUGUCUGAUGGUGAAGCCAUUACACCAGAUUCUGAACUACGAAGUCUUUGCCAAAGAGAGGUUAACAAAGGGGCCCCAUUGUAUUUAUAUACAGUUAUGUUCGGUUCUGAUGGAGGCCAACCGCUACAACAAAUGGCGAAUAUUGCAACAGAAUAUCUUUCUCGAUCCACUAGCGGAGAUGUCUUAAAAUGUCAAUAUACGCUUGCAGAGAAUGUAAAAAAACUCAAUGAACUUUUUACUCGAGUAGCCGAAAGUUUGCGUAAACACAAACCAAUGCUUAUAAGGGAAUAA